ACGUGUGAACGGCUGCUCGACGCGGUGCCAGCGUCCGCCCGCGCUUCCCUCCGUCGCCGCCGUCGAGUUGGGGCAGCGGGCGUCCCGGCUGCGCCCGGCGUCGUUUCGGCCAUUGUGUGCCGAGCCAGCUGUUCAAACUUAGCAGAUGGGGGGCUGGGGGGGGGGGGAGAGAUUCAACCGCGUUUCCCUCGGAAAACGCACGAAAUGUCCCCACCGCGCCGACACGCCAGUGUCCGCUGGUCGUGCCCGGCGCCUUUCGCGAGCGCACGCCGCCGGAUGUGGUUUGCUCAGAAGCGGACGCCAACCCCUCAGGAGUAUAAUGCGAGGAAAACGGGAGGACACGGAACCCGAGUCUGUAGCUGAGGAGGCGCCCAGGGAGAACACCGUGCGACCGAGGAAGAGGAAGGCAGAUGUUGCCAUUUAUUUACAAGAUGUGGAUGAGGAGGUAGCGGAGAUGACGAGGAAGAAGCAGCGCGAGUGCAGCGAGCUGGCCUGGAGUCCUGGUGCUGGUUGCAAAAGUCCACACAGGUGGAUCCCCACGCCUGAUCAGGAAGAGGAGCGACCUGUUGCUCUGAUCAACGCCGGCUUCCCCCACUACAUCUUUAACAAAGUAUUUGCGACCCCCGUGCAUUGUGCCCCACUCCCUGCGCUGUGCUGGGCCAGUAAGGAUGUGGUAUGGAGCUACAUGUUGGAGAAGGAUAAAACCUACACCAGGGAUGUCCAUGUGAUGGAGAAGCAUCCUCAUCUGCAGCCCAAGAUGAGAGCCAUUCUCCUGGACUGGCUAAUGGAGGUGAGUGAGGUGUACAAACUUCACAGGGAGACAUACCACCUUGCUCAGGACUACUUUGAUCGCUUCAUGGCCACACAGAGAAACGUCUUCAAAUCCACGCUGCAACUCAUAGGCAUCACCUGUCUCUUCAUCGCCGCCAAAGUCGAGGAGAUGUAUCCUCCCAAGGUCCACCAGUUUGCCUAUGUUACAGAUGAGGCCUGCACUGAAGAUGAGAUUCUCAGCAUGGAAAUCAUUAUUAUGAAGGAGCUGAAGUGGAGUCUCAGCCCGCAGACCCCCAUCUCCUGGCUCAAUGUUUACAUGCAGGUGGCUUACCUGAAAGAAACGGACGACUUGCUCAUCCCCAAAUACCCCCAGGCUACCUUCACACAGAUAGCAGAGUUGUUGGACUUCUGUAUGCUAGAUGUUCGUUGCCUCGAGUUUUCCAAUGGCAUCCUCGCUGCGUCUGCUUUGUUUCACUUCUCGUCUCUGGAGCUGGUGGAAAACGUUUCAGCUUUGAAGAGGGUGGAAGUCGAGGAGUGCGUGAGGUGGAUGGUGCCAUUUGCCAUGGCACUGCGGGAGGUCGGUGGGUUGCCUAUGAAAACAUUCACAGGAAUCCCUGCAGAUGACAUGCACAACAUCCAGUCCCAUGCCUCUUUUCUUACAUGGCUGGACAAGGCCUACUCUUACCAGGAAGCGGAGUUGGCGCGUCACAGCAACUGUUCGGUCCCCUCAGGUGUCCUGACUCCGCCACUGAGCAGUGAGAAGACUGAGGAGCUGGUCCGAGUGGACACAACGGUGCUGAAGAUUAGACCAAGGAUGCACACUGCGUCUCCACCGCCAGACUCUCCACAGUAGUGAUACGACCACCGAAGCUGAUGAGACGACAUCAAAUCCUUUUUUCUUUUUCUUUUUUACAUUACAGCUGUAAGAAAGAGGCGACACACGUGUGUCGCCUCUUUCGGAAACCUCUGCAGUGGACACAUGCGAUGGAGUUUUGGUGGGGAAACACUGGAAAUGGUAUUUUCUCGCUUCAAAGCAAUGCUGAUAACUGGGAUCCAGAUGCUCUUGAAUGUCUCUGUAGGGGGUACACACACUGACUUCGGGAAGCACUGACAAUCGGUGAACAAAUGGUUUCGGAUGGCCCCCACCCCCACAGGACUCCUACUUCAACCCUCCAGUUUGCAUGAAAACUCAAAGUGAAGGGCCAGAGGGAUGGGAUGGCCCAAGAGGACAUUUUUGUUUUUUGAAAUGUCAUUGUACCAUCAUGCUUGCAUUCCUUUUCCUUUCACAUCUUCUUUUGAUGAUUGUAAUUUUUGUUCUCUAUGCAGAGGCCAAAUUGAGUUUUAUGGAGUCUGCUUGAUUGUGUGUGAGUGUGUGUUUUAAUAGUGAUUUUUCUAAUAUCCCAUUAGUGGCCUCAUUUGCCCAAAAACUAUUCCUAGAGUCACCUGGCUCUAUGUGCUGCUAUAAAGUGGGCUUUCCAUGAUGGAACAGGGGAGAGAGUGUGAGUGUUGUGUAUGUCUUUUUUUUAUUAUAUAUAUAUAUAUAGUAUGAAAUGGGGUGUUGCUCUUGUUCUUGGAUCAACUCAUGACAUUUUAUUUGACAGCAUAUGGUCAUUGUUUUACUUGGGGACCAGUAGCUUGGCUACAUGGCUGGUGGAAAAACAGCAGGCUUCAGAAGCUUAACUGUUGAUUGUAUUUAACUUUUAUUUGUUUUUAUUUUUUUUAUUCAAACCUGCAGUUUGUUUGCCCACCACCACAAUGUAAGAUUUCUGUUUGACUUUUUAAAAAUAAAAUGCUGCUACAUAUUUUC